AUGGCUUUGCAAUAUAACACAAUAUUUGAAAUUACCAAUAACUCAAUGAACUGGAAUUUAAAAGUUCAUAUUAUUCGUUUCUGGACAGUGCCCAAUAAAUACAAGCCUGAUAUUCCGUAUAUUAUGGAGUUGAUUUUGCAAGAUGAAAAGGAGUCUAGCUAUUGGAUUGGUGUAAAGAUUGUUUGUUUGGAACUUGGUCACAGAUGGUCAUACUUGACUUGCAAUAAGUGUAUCACAAAGGUUGAUCCUUUGGGAGACAAAUAUUAUUGCGUAAAAUGCAAUGCUGAAGUUAUAUCUGUUAUUCACAGGUAUCGACUUCAAAUUCAUGUUACUGAUGAAACUGUAUAUAUAUCAUUAUUGUUGUGGAAUAAAGAGGUUCUACAAUUAAUUGGAAAGACUACCAAGGAGUUGACGGCAGGAUUUAUAGGAGGUGCUGACAUGGGUUAUCCAAUAGAACUUGAUUCUUUGAUUGAGAAAAGGCUCAUGUUUAAAGUCCAUAUUAAGGAUUCAAACAUUAACAAGAAUGAUAAUGUUUACAAAGUAGUAAAGUUCAUUGAUGAUGGAGAUGCUGACAUGGGUUAUCCAAUAGAACUUGAUUCUUUGAUUGAGAAAAGGCUCAUGUUUAAAGUCCAUAUUAAGGAUUCAAACAUUAACAAGAAUGAUAAUGUUUACAAAGUAGUAAAGUUCAUUGAUGAUGAAGCAUUACUAAAGGAAUAUUGUCAUCCUUCUCUUAUACACAAUUUGAAUGAGGCAACUCUUGAUUGUGGACAGAGCUAUGACAAAGAUAAACUAAUUGAGGUUCAGGUACUAAGCAUUCAGACCACGCUUAGAUCGAUUCUCGGUCAGCAUUCAGUAGUGUCAGUGAUCAUGCCUCCUUGUAGAGCUAAUGCACGGAAUGCUAACGCACGCAAUGCUAACACAAUUCCUCCAGUCCCAAAUCAUGAGGUUACGAAUGUAGAAUUUCAGAGGGCGAUUCAACUCUUAGCUCAAAGUGUGGAAGAUCAGAACAUCAGCAAGCCACAGUUCCUUCUAACAGUAAUGGGGGAUCAGCUGGAGCUAGGGCUUGAGAUUUUGUUCGAAUGA